GCUUGGUUGCUGCGUCACGGUUGUUGAUGUUAGCUAUCAGAAGUCAGGCGGUUGCAGAGGACAGCAAGCGGCUAAGCACACGAUCACAAUGCAGUUCCUUGGCCGACUGUUGGACACAGUGUCCUCUGUCUCCACCCUCUUCACCAACCCCUACCGGGUGCGGGAUGUGCAGCUGUCCGACUAUGGUGGUGGAGGCAAAGAGUUGCUGAAGGAGGAGGGACGCAUCGUCUUGUACAAGAACACCAACUGCCAGUCUUGGGACUGUCUCCUCAUGUGCCCAGAGACUCCAAAUGUGGUUCUCAGGCUGUUUCAGGUGGGGUCCGAGGAGGACGCCAUGAACUGGUUCCCACAGUAUGCCCUCAAGCUCCGGCCCUUCUAUGAGACACUUCCUCUGAAAGCUGAGACCUCCCAGCCAAUCGUCGACUGCAUCCGCAGCCACCCAGACUGGAGCUCCGCCCACAUCGCUGUGGAAACGGGACUGAGAGAGUGUCUCAAACACAACUAUAUCCAGAGUCAGAUCAACUCUCGGAAUGCAUCAGGUCAGACACCGCUGCACCUGGCGUGCGAGCGCGGUGACUUGGUGUCUGUGAAGGAGCUGUUGGAGGAAAGCCAAGCUCGCACUGACAUCAAAGACCGCAGUGGGGAGACCCCCAUGCACUGUGCCGCUAAGCAGGAGUCUCCCGCCGUCAUCCAGGUCCUGUGCUCGCGGCUGUGCUCGGGGGUGAACGAGUUCAACUGCAAUGGGGAAACGCCUCUCCAUGUAGCGUGCCGCAUGGGACGCGUGGAGGCCGUCAAAGCCUUGUUAGAUGGCGGGGCCAAGUGUAAUGUCAUCGGUGGCAACGGCUAUCCCAUCCACAGUGCGAUGAAGUAUAGCGAGAAGGGCUGUGUGGAGGAGGUCCUAAAAGCAGACCCAGGCCAGCUACAGGCAGAAGACUCUCUGUAUGGUGGGACGCCUCUGCACUGGGCCAAAACGGCUGAGAUGUGUCGUUUGCUGCUGGAGCACGGCUGUGCGGUGAACUACCUCAGUAAGACCGGAGAGAGCGCCCUCCACAUUUUGACCAAGAGGGGUCGCUUUGAGGCGGCCAUGGUGCUGCUCACCCACGGGGCAAAUGCCAACCUGAAGGGUCAUGAUGGGAACACAGCCCUUCACUUGGCUAUGAAGAUGGACCACAUGGAGUUAAUCAAAGCUCUGAUCGUGUUUGGUGCCGACGUGGAGAUCCACAACGACCUGGGAGAAACCCCGGGACUGAUCGCUGCACGCAACAGCAAAGGUCCUAAUAGAAAGAUACUGCUGGACAUGCUGUGUAGUGUAGGAGUGCAGCGUUGCCUCCCUCCCUCCCCCGGCAGUCCUCCUCCCGUCUCCUUCAAGGCCACAUCUCAAAGCAUAGGCUUCGACAACAUCAUGCAUGUGGGCGCUGCAAUCAGCACAAUGAGCAUAAGCACCUCUGAAGUGGACGGCUCCAAAAUGGAGAAAAUGAAGAUGGACAGACUGCUGUGUCUGGACGGCGGAGGUAUUAAGGGUCUCGUGCUGAUCCAGAUGUUGAUCGCUCUGGAGAAGGAGGCUGGUCGACCCACCCGAGAGCUCUUUGACUGGGUAGCUGGCACAAGCACCGGGGGAAUACUGGCCCUCGCUAUAGUCCACGGCAAGUCCAUGGAGUACCUUCGCUGCUUAUACUUUAGGAUGAAGGAACAGGUUUUUAAGGGGUCACGACCCUAUGAAUCAGCACCACUGGAGGACUUCCUGAAGAAAGAGUUUGGGGAGAACACCAAGAUGACAGAAGUUCAGUUCCCCAGAGUGAUGGUGACCAGUGUCCUCGCAGACAGACACCCAGGCGAGCUGCACAUCUUCAGGAACUACAACCCUCCCUCCGUCCACAGAGAGCCACCGUACGCCACCACUGCCACAUUCAAACCAAUCACCAUUCCACAAGGAUGGGAGGAUGAGGAUGUGUUGAUAGUAGGAUACACAGAGGAGCCAACCAGAAAGCGUAGGAAGGUGACAGAUGAAGAACAACUCGUAUGGCGAGCUGCACGCUCCAGCGGCGCUGCUCCGACUUACUUCCGACCAAUGGGGCGUUUUCUGGACGGAGGGCUGUUGGCCAAUAACCCGACACUGGACGCCAUGUCUGAAAUCCAUCAGUACAACAAAUCCUUAAAGGUAGAGGGUCACAGGCAUGAAAUCAAGAAAUUGGGUAUAGUGGUCUCCCUUGGUACAGGUAAACCCCCUCAGGUGGUGGUGAGCUCUGUGGAUGUUUUCCGACCUUCCAAUCCUCUGGAGCUUGCCAAGAGCUUUGUUGGAGCAAAGGAGCUGGGCAAGAUGCUGGUGGACUGUUGUACAGACUCGGAUGGCUGUGCUGUGGACAGAGCAAGAGCCUGGUGUGAAAUGAUUGACACCAUCUAUCACAGACUGAGCCCCCAGCUGUCACAGGAGGUGAUGCUGGACGAGGUGAGUGACGCAGUGCUGGUGGACAUGCUGUGGGAAACGCAGAUGUACCUGUAUGAGAAAAGAGAGAUCCUCCGAUCCUUGGCUAAUGUGCUUCUGAAUCACUGAAAGUGUGUGUGUGUGAGAAAGUUACAAGGAGAAGGUGAAGAUGUUUGCGUGAGAGCAGAAGAGAUGGUGUAAUAUUAAAAGAUGAGUAGCUGGACAGAGGGACAAAGACAUUGUGUCAUCGUGCCAGUGAAGUAACUGACGAUUUUACAUGUUUGAGUGUGAGAAUGCAGGACAAGUAGAGGAAGUAAUAUCAACCACAGUAGAUAAAAAUGUGACACACUCACACUGACGCAAAAUGUCUUGUUUUCCACUCUUCAUACUGUGUGGUGACAGUGUGAGAACAAAUUUAAAUCCAACACUGAUUAUUUGCAAGUAACUUCUCCUUUUCACACUGCUUCCAAGUAUUUAGUAAAUGUACUGCCUUAUGUGUCAGGGACCCAGAUUUGUACUGUUUCCAACCCCACUAUUUUCAUGCGUUUAUCAUGUAUCCGCUCUGACUUUAAACAAAAAUAUCCAACCUCAUAACCACAUGUUUAACUUGUAGCAUUACAACAGGACUGAAAAUGAGACUUGAAUGAUCAACUUACUUGAAAGCGAGAGAAACAAAGACUCCUUGCUACUUGCACAAAGUAAACUUGACAUAAGAAUAAUAAUAAUAUCCUAUGUUUUUUUUUGUAUUUGGAUGAAACAAUGAUGUGAAAACUGGUAUAUUAAUAAACUAUAUUAAUAUUGA